AGUGAUUAUGUAAUUUUGACUUCAUUGGCCCCCCCCCAUUCUUUCUCUUAGAUUAGAUAAGACCCUGGCACUACUGUACAGCCUCUUGAUGACAGUCAUUGUGACUGAGAGACAGCCACGAGGGACUGCGAACACAAAUCUACUGGAACAGAAAAAUAAUCCGUUGCCGAAGAUUCCAAAAUGGUGACCGCUAAAGUGUGGAGACUCGCCAAGCGACCAGACGGAGUGCCCAAGAGGGAGGACUUUGAGUGUGUGAGAGAAGAGUUGGUUUGCGGAAAUGGAGAUGUUAUUAUUGAGGCUGAAUUUUUGAGUGUAGAUCCCUACAUGCGGUACAAGGUCAGGCAAAUCCCGCUCAAUUCCACUGUGGUCGGGACUCAGGUUGCACGAGUGAUUGAGAGUAAGAACCCAGAGUGGCCAGUGGGUACGUACGUUGUUUCACCGUCUGGCUGGCGCUCCCACACCCGACUCACUGAGAAGGACUUCAAGGCUGAUAACUUUUUCCAGAAGCCCAUGAGGCUGCCAGAGAUGGGAGACUUGCCUAAGAGUCUCGGCUUAGGGAUUCUGGGCAUGCCGGGAAAUACAGCCUACUUUGGGUUGCUUGACAUCUGCCAGCCAAAAGCAGGAGAGACCGUAUUGGUAAACGCUGCAGCUGGUGCAGUUGGCAGUGCUGUCAUCCAGAUUGCAAAGAUCAAGGGCUGUAAGGUAAUUGCAUUUGCUGGUUCUGAAGAAAAGGUAGCAUGGACCAAAGAACUGGGGGCAGACCACGCCUUCAACUACAAAACAACAAACAUCGGGGAAGCGCUCAGCCAGGCAGCGCCAGAAAAUAUUCACUGCUUCUUUGAAAAUGUUGGAGGACAGUUCACUGCUGAAGCUCUACCACACAUGGCUGAGAGGGGCAGAAUGGCAAUUUGUGGUGUGAUUUCAGAGUACAAUGAUGACGACAAGGAUUCUGGCGUGGUGGCAAUGACUAGUCCGUUGAAUCCAGCUACGAUACUUUGGAAGCAACUUGCAGUGGAAGGCUUCAUUGUUACAAGGUGGUUUGAUCGCUGGAUGGAAGGAAUUGAUCAGAUGAAGCAGUGGAUCAGUGAGGGUAAAGUCAAGUACAAGGAAACUGUUGUAAAAGGAUUUGACAAAAUGCCUGAAGCAUUCAUUGGCCUUUUCCUCGGUGAAAAUACAGGCAAGGCCAUUGUAGCAGUGUGAGGAACCUUGUGUGGAAUGAAAAGAUCAAAACAAUCUACUUUAUUUUCAUAUUUUCUUAAUUUAAUAGGGAACCACAACCUAAAAAUAUAACUUGAUAAAUUCAUCUGUUGAAACUUAUUAUGGUGGAAAAUUGUGCAGCAUUGGCAAAUAUUUUCUUUGUUUUGGAUGUUAAAAAUAUUUCUAUAAUAGCUGCAUGCACUGGAAAAUACUCUUACUUUACAAGUAGGCCAGUACGUCUAUUUCACAUCUUCAUUUUUGAAGAUGUUAUUUCAUAUAUAUGCAGACCUGUUUAUUGCUUUUCCAUUCUGUAAUUUAUCUAUCUUCCAUUCUUCUAAAUUAUCCUUGUUGAGGCAUUGCCAACUUCAAAUAAAGUGCAAAAGUUUAA